AUGAAGGGCCGAUUCAUUGUCAAUCCGUUUCAGGAACUUCAUUUGACGGCGAGCGACUGCACGUCUCUGGAAGACCUGGCCAACCAGUGCAUCUCGACCAACCUCGAGCUCUGCACGAAGUUCAUGGCGUCAGGAACGAGACGCAGCGUGGACCCACGCCACUGGAGACCGCUGAAGGAGAAAGAGAAGCUCAGAGUGUACACGGAGCGACCUUCGGGUGCAGCAGUUGCAGCUGCUUCCGGCAAUGAGCCGACGGGGUCGGGACUGCCCAUGAUCUUGUGCGUCGGGACCAUGGAAGGCAAGCUGGACGACCUUUUGUUUGGUGUCAUCAGUGAAGACCUCGAGACGAUGCGCUUGAAGGCUUCGUACGUGGCAGACUUCAGCGGAGCGGCUGUGCUGGACUCCGUGGUGCCCCCGAGUUUGGAAGACCCGUUUCAGUCGCUCGUGAUCAAGUGGAUGGAGCUCGACAUUCCGUUCAGCUCGACGAGUCUGGUCAAGAACCGUGACUACGUGUACCUCGAAGGCACAGGUUACGUCACCAACUCGAAAGGCGAGCGCAUGGGGUAUCACCUUUUGCACUCGGUGGACUUUACACAAACGCACGGACUGCCGAACCGCGUCCGAGGCAAUCUCUCUAUCAUUGCUUUUUGGCGACAGGUCAGUAGCAAUACGAUCGAAAUGUAUGCUACGGGCGUCAUGGAUCCCGUCGACGCCGGCCUCGUGCGCAAGCUUGUGGUUCUGAACAUGGCCAACGUGUUCCUCUCGUCGCUGAAGUAUGCCUAUUGCGGGCAGAUGCGAAAGCUGUCAUUCAUGCUCGACAAAGCCUACACGGACUCGAAGCUGCGCGGGGCACCCAACAGGAAAAGCAUCUGCGUCACGUGCUCGACGCCGAUCAGCGGUCGAAAAGCCGGGGACUUUGGCAAGAGCAACAAUACGUGCAAGAUCUGCUUUGGCUUUGUCUGCCACGCGUGCAAGGUCGUCCGGAAGCUUAGUUUCGUAGAUCCGGAUCUACUUCUGUCGCAGCGCAAGGUGACGUUCUGCACGUCGUGCAUCAGCUCCGUCACUAGUGUGAGCUCCGUGGACUGUGCUCGAGCGCAGAUGCUUAAGCAUUCUAAGGGGAAUCACUCUAGUAUAGAUCAAACCGUGUCAUCCAUUGACACCAACAGCGGGGAAUUCUCCUACGCUAGUGCACAGUAG